CAUUGACAUCUGGAUCGAAUUGAAGUCAUCGUUCAACUCAACAUACCAUUGGCAUCACCCUCUCGAUAUCAGGACUCCGUUCAAUUAUUUAUACAUCUUAUCAAAUCGUAUUCGCUAACAGAUGAAUAUGGGUGCUACCGGAUCCAAGUCUAGCUCGUCUUCCGGUUCUCAAAACGUUGGAUUCAAAGUCGAAAAUGAUGAACAAGUUUAUUUUAAAAUCGGUAACCCAGUCCAACUCGAUCAAUCAUUAAUUGACCGGAACCAUCAACAGAACCGAACCCAAGUCGACAAAUCAAUUUAGAUGAAUCCGUCAAAAACAAGCUAAAAGCAGAUUUAAAGAAUUUAAAGAAUUUAGAAUCAGAAGUCGAAUCAAAAGUUUCAAAAGCUUUUAAAGAACAACUUGGAAUUUCAAAUCAUCAAUCAGAUCCAUCAAGUUCUUCUAGUGCAAAACUUAUGAAAGAUUUAUCUAACCUUCAACAAAAAGUGGAAGAAUUUAGAGUCCGGAAUUCUUCUGGAAUGUGGCCUGAGAUCGUUUCUGCUCGUACUUCUAUCGUCUCUUGUUUAUCAAAAAAUCAACACCAAACUCUAAAUUGUGGCGAAGAAGUUGAAAGUUUCAAGCAGCUGGUCCAUAAGCUUGAGAGUGAAUACGUAGGUUCUUUGAGGCCUUAGUUGGUAUACCUUUAAUUUUGAAAUGUCCUACAAUU